AUGUAUAUUGGUACAUGUUGACAAGAUAGGAUGCCACAUGGUGCCGUGCCUUAUCCAUUUGGGCAGUGCAGGAUCUGCAAUGAUGGAGCAACUGGAGUCCACUAUGGAGUGGCAACCUGUGAAGGCUGUAAGGGUUUCUUUAAACGUAGUAUCACAAAUGAGCAGAAAUACAAGUGUUUUUUCGGAGGAUCCUGUCAGCUAACACCCCAAAAUCGCAACCGCUGCAAGUCAUGUCGAUUCCAGCGAUGUCUUUCAACUGGAAUGUCUGUUGAAGCUGUAAAGAUGGGCCGCAUUCCAAAGGUUGAUAAAGAGAGAGCUCUUGAAGAGGCCCGUAGGGGAGAGAAUCAGCAGCCAUCUACACAACAGCAACAGCAACAACAUCAACAACAACAACAACAACAAUUGCCUAGUAUGUUACCAGAGGGUAGCAUGCUUGAUCGCUUCAUAUAUGGAGACAGGCCUCAACAGAGGCAGCCCCAUGUACCACCUGACCAACCCACCCUGUCUACCGAUACUGGGAAUAUGUCAGGACCAAGUAACUCUGAUGUAGGCCCAAUGCAUCCCCUGGGUGAAGAGAAGAGACAUAAUUACCCACAGACCCACGCUCCACCCCGUCAGCCAAGCAAUCACCCACCACAUCAGCCUCACCCCAACUCAAAUCAGGUUUAUCCCCACUCCCAGUCACAUCAUCAACAGCCCCACCAACAGAAUGGAAGCUACAUGAGAAAGAGUAUUGAACCUUAUAGAGAGAAGAUGUACCCUCAACAUGCUCAAAUGGCAACUCAGACAAAGCCCUUUGAAAAUCAGUAUUCAGUAGAAGCACAGAGAGAAGCAAAAGACCCCCAUGUCGGGCUGCAUUUCAUGCCACAAAUAAAAAAUGAACCCUCCUUGAGAAACUGUAACGGUGAUGUAAUACCUGCCCAAUUGCCCAGUCCCCAAGCCCUCCCAGCUCCAUGCCCCACAGGUGCAAGUAUGAAUCCCGGGGGCUCGGUGUCCCCAAACUCGAGUGGAACAUCUAAUGUUGCCACGCCAACCAGUCAGCAGGCAGCGAUGCCUGAUAUUAUCCAUCGGAGAGUAUACAGUCCCAACGUCAUCAAAGAACUUUUAAGUCAAGUGAUUGAAAAGAAAACUGUUAAAGAGAUCCCUGAUCCUUUGCUCAAUAAAUUAAUCACAUCAAUACGGAGUAAUCGCCAUAGAGACAUUCUUUAUCAACGUGACAACUGUGAGUCUAUGUCAUCAAGUAGCUCUGGUUUUAAUAGUGCUAACAGCUACACUGAAGAAUUACUUGAGAAACGUAAGACAGUUUACCACUCUGAAGAUGAGCUCCCAACAAAGCUUCAUCGAUCUAACAGUGUGCCAUAUUCAAAUGAAGAGGUAAUUGACAGCCAUGACCAUCAUAGGAUGCAGGUUGUUCCAGAAGAUUACAGACCUAUGAACUCUAACCACACUGACCCUACAAGACACAUUGGGGCCUCGCAAGCUCAGCAUGGGAACUAUGGAAAAGAUAACACCCAUAACUCAAAUUUAGAAGGCAUAAAAGGUGAAUUUGACCAGUAUUUGAAACCUGAGAGGAAAGGUACCAAUAAGUCAGCCUAUCCCUUAUCCGAUGAUGAUAGACGACUCGAGUCCACCAUUGACCAGUUGAAACUAGCAUUUGAGAAUAGUUUUGCUGAGGAGACGAGAGGGUUAAUGGAAAUGAUAAGAAAACGUUUGGCCCUUCCUGAAGAUCAAAGGCCAAAGAAUUUUGAAUCAGACUCAAUUGAAGAUUUAAAGAUGAUCUGGAAUCAGUUGAUCAGCUCUAUUCCGAAAAUAUCACAAAAAAUACUUGUAUUUAGCAAUGGUAUACCAGGCUUCAAUGACUUAGACAAGGAAGACCAAGGCAAGCUCAUUAAAGAUGCGUACUUUGACAUAUGGAUGAUUACCUCUAGUGGCUAUAUCCAGGGAGGUGAAAGUUACAUGUUAUUGGACAACGGCAUAUUUUACUCCAAAUUCUGGAUGAGUAGGAUUCUACCAGCAGAUCUGAUAGGAAAGAUGUUUACAGUCGCAGAGGGGUUUAAUGAGUGUAUGCUAACAUUCUCAGAACUCAGUAUUCUAUGUUCAGUUCGCCUUACAGACCCGGGUCGGUCGUGUAUCAAAAACACUAAAGAGUUAAAAGCCAUUAAUAAUCACUUAUUGGACUGUCUUGCCAAAGAGGUGCCCAUCAAUCACCCUGAGAAUCACUCCCGGAUCCUCAUCAACAUAUUCCGCCUCUUACCUACACUGGACAGUCUUGCUGAGCAGAGCAGUAACGUCAUCAUGAACUUCUCCCUUCAGUUUUCUGAAGAUAGUCUUGCAGGAACUGGGAGUAGCAAGUCUAGCUCUGCCAGCUGUUCUGACAAUACACAGAGAGAAGCUGAGAAAUCUGAUGAUAAACGUAACAAAUUUGACAGACAACCAGUUGUUGAAAUGAGCCAAUGAAUGUAAUGGAUCACACGACAUCCUCACAUAUGUGGAAUGAUAGAGAAUGGGCCUGUUUGGAAACUGGGGACUAACUUAUUAAGUUCACCCCUAUAAUAUCAUCAUAAAAUGAGAAAUAUUAUACUCUGUUGUUGCAUUUUGCAGUUUUAGUAUGAUAAAUGUGUACAGAUAGAUAUAUCAAAGUGAUAUGAUGUAUUUUGAUAUACCAUUAGAAAGAUGUACAGCUAUACUGUUGGUCUUUGCUCUUGGAUAGGCCUAUAAACUUGUUUUUGCAGCUAUUUAAACAGAUAGAGAAGGUAGGUAGAGUACCUUAACACCUAAUUCAGGUAGGCAGAGUACCUUAACAAACACUGAUGUAGAUAUAUGCAUUGUUGUCUUGUAUAUCUGAUAUUUGUGUCAUCCAGCAUAUACAUAUAUAAAUAUAAUGUUAUAGAAAUUGUAUAUACAGAGCAUAAUUAAACUAACAGGAUAAAUGUUUAUAUUAAUCAUUAAAGCUCAAAGAAAGCAGUUUAAGGUAACUUUAUAUAUGACCAUUUCUGACAUUAAACACUGCUAGUCCAAGAUUAAAAUGUAAUAUUUAGGGUUCUGCUGCUUCAGAAUUGAGUAUAUAUGAAGGCAUCUUGCUCAAUUAAAACAUUCAGUGAAUAAAAUGAAGUUAUGGACAGAAACUUCCUAACAGUUGAGACACUACAGUAUUUAGAUGGAGGCUUGUUGCAUUUAUCAUUAAGAUAUUUGUGAUUUGAUUGAUGGAACAUAACAUGUAGCUACCUGUGAACCAAUCAGAUCCCAGAUGUCUUAAUUUACUCAUUUUCAGUUUCUUGAAUGCCUGUAAUGUAUCUGCUUGAUAUAUUUAUGUAUAUGUCACACAAGAAUAACAAAAAACUCAGGGUCAAAAAUUAUAUUUCUACAUAGGUCAUUGAUUCUGACGUGUCUAUUUGUAAAAAUCAGUAUACACCAUUGCAUAUUUUCCUAUGUUAUGAAACUUGACAAAAAAAUGGAAGAUGUAGUUAUAAAUUAUUUCUUAAAGUUAUUAGUUUUUAAAGAAUAUUAUUAGACAGCCUUAACUAGUCAAAAUGGGGGAAUGUUACUCUGGCACAUCUCAUAAUUUAGGCUGGCCCUUUACCAUAAGUGGUAGGCCAGGCAUUUCUAAUUCGUAAUUAUGCACAUUUCAAAUGUUGCUUGAGACCCCCAUGUAGGAAAGGUCAGGAAUUUGAUUGGCAGUAAUGUCCCAGGGGUGGGAUUUUGACAUCCUACUUUGCCUGGGAGUAGGGCCUUUUGAAAUGUAUAUUCUGGCAAUCCUGGUAAUCCAGAAUUUUGACAAUGUUUUAUAAGCUAUUAUUUCUUCCAAGGUGGGGAAAUUGACUCCUUAUGCUGUUCUCAGGGAACUGACUUUGACUGCUCAAUUUAUAUGUUGUCAAAAUCUGAUCCACUUUCUGUUUGGAGGAGUCACAUGUAAACCUUUGAAUGGUGCAUAAAGAUCUCUAUUUUGGAAAUUAACUUUGUAUUGAUUUGAAAAUGAAUAUUACAUAGUAAAUAUUUUGGUUCAUGAAUAUUCUCUAUUGUGCAGUUAAAUAUGUAUUGUAAAUAAUGUUGUACAAUGAUGGGUCCAGAUGUUCUGAAAAGUUGUACUAUUGUAUAUAUUAUACACCUCAUGGACAUAAUUGCUGGAAUUACACAUGGCGUUUUACAAAAGCGUCUUCGGUUUUAACCAGGUUUAA